AUGAGUGAGCAUGCGGUAACCUACUUGGAUGUGAAAUUUGAUCGGUCUAACAGGAAGAAACCUGGAAAGAAAGUGAGACAGAAGGAAACAACAACUUAUUCUGAGCUGAAGUUUCAGAACCUGCCUGAGCAGCAGAGAAGCACGAGAGCUCAGGAGACAGAGGACAGAGGGACUGGGGACAGCUCAAGCCCUCAGAGGAGAAAUAAAGAUCCUUCAGCUACACCUCUUCGAUGGCAGCUUGCCACCCUUGUUCUUGGGUUUCUCUGCCUGAUUUUAUUGAUAGCAACAGGAGUUUUGGGUUACAAUGGGUGUCAGCCAGGCACAGAGCAGGAAAACUCCAUAAACGAAGAGGAGCACCUCACUGCUAAGCCAACAUCCUACCAAAAACCCAGCCUACCGGGAACAUCGAGAAAGCAGCCCCAGGACACAGCGGAGAAGUGUCCAGUGCUGUGGAUGGCCAAGCAGAGCAGGUCCUACAUGUUUUAUCCUAAAAAAGAAACUUGGGAGCAAUGUAAUUCCUCCUGCACUUCUCAAUCUGCUGUGCUGCUCAAGAUAGAGAGUAAAGAAGAGCUGAGUUUCAUAACCACCAAGUCUUUUGAAUAUGCUGAAGAUCGUGGAAGCAGCGUAUACUACUACCCAUUCUGGAUUGGAUUGUCAUUUGACUCCAGAAAGGCGAAGUGGGUCUGGGCGGAUGCUUCAGCUCUUUCCUCUGGCCUGUUUCUGCUCUCAGAUUCCAGUCCUCAGAAUUAUCCGGAUGGAGCUUGCGCAUAUUUGCAACGUAGUAAAUUUAAAGCUGGAAGCUGUGGAGAAACUCGAUUUUGCAUUUGUGAGAAGAAGGAAGCGCAAAUUAAAAAUAAGGUUGAUUAA